CGCGCGGCCCGCGACCGCCUCCUCCGCCGACUGCGACCGCGCGACACCCGCGCUGACCGCGAAGUGAAGUGAAGUGAGAACUAUCGUGACCGCAACAAAGUGACUACCGCAAACGUCCCGAUACAAAACAGUAUAUUCUAAAUUAUAAAAGCAUGUUAUAGCAGUCUGUUCCCCGCCCCACACUUCUCGGCCUGGUGUCGAACCCGGACUGUCGCGUGGCAGUGGUACAGUGGCACUCUCUGAACCCUACAGUGUUCACAAACAGACGGACACACAGUGUAUAAUGUUAAUUUGGAUUUGACACACACCGCACUGCCGCUACAAAUCUUACAACAAUUUUACAGAUAGCGCGGCAGGGUGGCGGCGUCCAAGUAUGGCGCCGGCGGGGUGUCCGUGGGCGCGGGGCUGAGCGUGCGGCGCGAAGUGCGCGGCAUGAAGUGCGCGCAGGGCGGCGCGGCCGGCGACGAGCUGCUGCUCGGCGCCUGCUGGCUGGAGCCCAAGCUGGACGCGCCCUCCCCGCCGCCCGCCUGCCACGACCUGCUCGACUCGCUGCUGGCCCCCCCGCCGCUCGCCGAGCUCAAGCCGCUGCCUCCCUUUACCGGUUACACCGGCCAUCUUUCUAUCAACGGCAUCUCCGGCCACCACUACCACGCCAUUGCGCAGCGCCUGCCCGAGGAGAACAACAACUAUCCCACGCAGAGCGGCUACGGCACCGACCACGACGUCGUCUCCUCUUCCACGUGCGCCGCCGAUGCCGAGCCGCCCGACCUCGAGGACGUCAAGCCUUACGCCCUCGACGCCCCCGACGCCAAGCCCUUCGCCUCGGAGUCCUCGGCGCCCGGCGCACCCGACAGCUGCGCACAAUCGUGCUCGCCACCCGCCAAGCUGUUCGACGAGGGCCACAAGCAGGACAUGUACGAUAUCAGCUCCAUAGAGGACAUCGCCGCCAUAAUUGGCUCCGCAAUUGCCGACACCACGGUACCCUCACAGCCCGAGGACCCCGAGCGCAACGACUCCCGCGACAGUUGGAUGGACAUCGACGCCUGGAUAGCCGGGGCUUGUGGCCAGCACGGGGACAAGAUUGUCCCUCAAAACCUUGACGAAUUCGGUUUGCCCAACUCCCCGCCCCCAUCGCAAAACAGCCAUCACUCGGGGCUCGAUUUCCCCUGUAAACCGAGUCACGACUUUACAAAGAGUCAAGAAUUUCUGCAAAAGAACCUUGGGCAGGCGGGGUCCACUCUACAGACUUUACUAACGCACGGAUACAUGCCGCUUCUUCAAAAUCGGCUACAAAAUGGGCCACCGGUGAAACAGGAGGCGCCAAGCUCGACGAGCUACGGUAUGGACGUAAUAUCGACAUCCUCUCCACCCGGAAACGCCGUGUCGACGACGGACGGUGUCGGCGGCCUCCUCAACGGUCGGUACGCGCCUCAUUACGCUCUCGGCCUGAAGUCUGAUGGCCUCUGCAGUCCAGACCGACUACUGGGCUACCCUCACGCGCAUACGACGACCGUGACGCCGUCGAACAAAAGUAAAAGGAGCAGAGCUAAGGCGAAACAGUCAAACAACUCUGGGAACAUCCACGGAAGUUCGUUAGGGUUCCCGUCGGCGACAGCAGCGGAGCUAAGUGGCUUGCUGGGCAAGGAGAAGCCGGUGCAUCGUUGCGGGAUAUGCAAUAGGGGCUUUCUCAACAAGUCCAACAUCAAGGUGCACCUUCGCACGCACACCGGCGAGAAGCCGUUCCGCUGCGACGUGUGCGCGAAGGCGUUCCGUCAGAAGGCGCACCUCAUCAAGCACCAGCAGAUCCACAAGCGAAUCGGACGCGAUUAGUGCGCCCUUUGCCGCCAACGCCGGAUGCAGGCUCAAACUGAAGCAUUUCAAUAGGUCUUAGUUGUGUGCGUGAAUGUGGUGAGUGGACGUGGCCGCGUGUGCGUGUACCGUCGCGGAAUCUCAGUCUAGAGUAGUUUUGUAAAUGGCAACUCUUCAGUUAACUUUUGGUUUAAGUAUGGGCGAGUCCACGUAUUAUUUCAUAUCCCUGUAGUAUAACACUCCUCCUAAGGCAAGUGCAAUGUUAACUAGUUUUAAGAUAUCUUCAGAUUUAUUAUUUUGUAGAUAACAUUGUUUAUAAUUUGUUACAUACUGAAGGUUGUUCGAUAAGUUUCUCAUAUUAUCUAUUCAUUCCAGUUAGUUUAAGUCUUUGUAGGAUAAAUGAACUUUAG